UGUAAAGAAGAUAUUUGUUACAAUUCUUGCAUGUUAAAACUAAAACUCAUUGUGAAUGAGAAAUACAUCUAUCCAUCAAAAAAAAACUGUAAAAAGUGUAAAAAAAUUGGUACUCCACAUAAACUACCUGAGGGGCAGUCACACCUUUUUCCAGUUGAUCCUUUUAUUGCAUUGAAUCACAAAUGCUUGCUGCCCGUUACCAUGGUGACACAUCCCGCCUCGCAUAAAAGUGAGCGUCCGCGGUUCGUGGGGCUGCACACGUCCACGCUCCGUGAGAUGAGUCGAGGGUUUGCUUUUUGUACCCUCAGCAGCAGCAGCAGAGACGAGCAGCUCCACUCGAUGCCUCUGAACUCUUCUGAUGACAACCGGACCACCUCUGUGUUCACCUCCAAACUGACCCCUGCUGCUGACAUAUGUGUCGGGCUGACCAUCCUCUCGUUCGCUGUGCUCUCUGUCCUGGGCAACGGGCUGGUUCUGGUGAUCUGUUACCGCAGGAGGAAGAAGAUGAUGGGCUCUGAGUUGCUGUGCGUCAACCUGGCCGUGGUCGACCUUCUCUGCUGCAUCUGCUUCUACCCGCUCUCCAUCCUGUCCUCGUUCAACCACGCGUGGCUGGGGGAAAACAUCACCUGCGUUUACUACGGCCUCGGCUGCUACGUCUUCGGCCUGUGCGGCAUGUUCACCAUCGCCGCCAUCAGUGUCUUCCGCUACCUGAAGACGUGCUACAGUUUGGUUUACGCUGUGUGGCUGGAGGGCGCAAACAUCCCGAUAGCCUGCUGUGCCAUCUGGCUCGUGGCUGCAGUGUGGUCCAGUUUCCCUCUCUUUGGCUGGGGUGAGUACGUCCCCGAGCCUUACGGAUUGUCCUGCACCAUCGCCUGGAGGGGGUAUCAUACCUCGGCCAAGGACGCCUUCUACGUCAUCUGCUCCUUCGCCUGCUUCACACUGGUCCCCGUCGUCCUCAUCGUGGUGUCCCAGUGUCUGAUUCUACGCAAGGUGUCCCGCUUCACCUACUCGCUGUCCUCAAGAGGUAUCCGCAACAACCUGCGGCACGCUGAAAGAAGACUCUCCAUGAUGUUUUUCUGCAUCAGCCUUGGUUUUGUGAUCGCCUGGGCUCCAUACUCCGUCGUGUCCUUCCUCUUCAUUUUCCACAAGGGGAACUGGUACAUGGCUCCUGAGGGCUUUGUCUUUCCCGCCCUCUUCGCCAAAAGCUCCCACGUCUACAACCCGUUCAUCUACUUCUACUUCAACAAGACUUUUCAGCAGGAGCUUCGCUGCCUGCUUUUGUCUUUAUGGCCCAAGCUGGGAGGAAAUCGAGUGGGCACCCACAUCGCCUCGGGCCGCCAAGCCCCGUAUCCCAUCCACAUCCAGCUCCAGGAGAGAGGCUGCCUCCAAAAGAAGAACGCUGUUUUGUAUCAGGACAAAACCAGCAGCAAGAGCAAGAGCAAAGACAAAGCAACGCACGCCAACAGCAACCGCGUCCAAGGCAGGCCAGUGUACAACUGCUGGGGGUCCUCAUCGCGUACACCCACCCUCUCUGGGAAGAAACCCGCCAAAACCUCCCAACCUGUGUCUAUAUGAACUCUGUCUGUCACUGUUAAUACACGGACAGGUCAGACGUACGAUUUAAGGCAGCCAACAACCAAAAGAUGCUUAUAAUACCGAGGAAAAACCUUCAGUGCUGUUUUUUUGCUCUUCGUUCAGCGUUAAACCACACAUGUAGCUCCUCGUAGGAUGCCGAUUGAUCUGUAAACAAUGUUCAGACACAGUUUGAAGCCUGGCAGGACAGAUUCCAGAAGAUCACGCAUUGGGUGGGUAGCUCAGCACCCUGCAUCCUCUUGUAGUGGUAGACGAAUAUCAAAGCUUCUCCUCUGUUGUCACGAAUUUACUUAAGGAGCAAGUCAGUCCUGUGUCAGUGUUCCUAUACAUGCAAACAUCAGAAUAUAAAUAUAAUCUGUGUUACAUGAUGUCUUUCUAUAAAUAUUCUACUUAUACUACAAAUCACAGGUGCCGCCGCAGGAUCACGCCGACCUUUCUCUCAGAGGAUGUUUGUGUUUGUCAAACACAGGCGCCGAUUAAAGUCAAUACCGGCUGAAUUUAAUGAAGGUCUGCUCGCUCUCGCUCUGGUGUUCAGCAUGUGCAAAACCACUCUCUUCACGUUUCAGGUUUUUAUGGUGUCUUAACAACUGAUUCAGACAUUUAUCUUUAUCUCAGGAUGAAUCUUACGAACUGUGGUGAUCCUCUGGUUUCAGGUAGAAAUCACUCAUGAGCUUAUUUGUAUGCCGGUGUUACAGCGAGUACAGCGUUCAACUUCUAAGUUAUGCCAAACAUAAGCGACAACUCUGAGACUGUGAAGCCAAAAGCUGCAGUUCCUCAAACGUCCAC